UUUUUCUCUCAGAUUUUCUCUCCCAAAAAAAAAAAAACCCCAAUUUAGUAAGAGAGAGAGAGAGAGAGAGAGAGAGAUAUAUAUAUAUAUAUAUAUAUAUUAACAAAUAUUACUAAAUAAACAAGCACCAAAAAAAAAAAAAAAUCGAAGGCAGCCAUGGAAGACAAUCACGGAGCUUUCGAAUCCAAUACCAACGAAGUUACCACCGGCAAUGACCAUGGCUGGCAAAAGGUCACGUACGCGAAGCGUCAGAGGAAAGCCAAGCCAAAUUCUUCCGAUUCCGCCUCCAACAGAAUCGUUUCCAACGGAGCUGUUCCCGGCGCCGACAACGUUUUCCGGUCUCUGGAGCAGCAAUCGGCGAUCCGCCGCCUCCAAAUUCUCGAGGCGCAGAGAUCCGCCGUUGCUGUGGAUGCCGAUUUCGACGCUCCGGUCAGAUCGAAGAACGAGUUCGAUAGCAGCGAUGAGGAGAACGAGCGCGUGGUGGAGAAUGGGAAGGCUGAGGAGGCCAAGAAAGUGAAGCCGAAGAAGCCGAAGAAGCCAAAGGUUUCGGUCUCCGAUGCGGCCGCGAAGAUCGACGCCGAUGAUCUCUCGGCUUUUCUCGUCAAUAUAUCGGAAUCGUAUGAGGGACAGCAUGAAAUACAGCUGAUGCGAUUUGCGGACUAUUUCGGCCGAGCGUUUUCGGCUGUGACCGCGGCUCAGUUUCCAUGGGUGAAGAUGUUCAGGGAGUCCACCGUGGCGAAAUUCGCUGAUAUUCCUCUUUCUUAUAUUUCUGAAGCUGUUUAUAAGACAUCGGCUGACUGGAUCAACAAAUGUUCUCCCGAGGCAUUUGGUUCCUUUUUAUCAUGGUCUCUAGACAGCAUUUUUACUGACUUAGUAAGCCAACAAGCUGGUGCCAAGGGCUCUAAAAAGGGUGUGCCACAUGUAUCAUCCAAAUCACAGGUAGCAAUGUUUGUAGUUGUAGCAAUGGUUUUACGAAGGAAACCUGAUGUAUUAGUUAAUUUCUUGCCGACGUUGAGGGAGGAUUCCAAGUAUCAAGGACAAGAUAAGCUUCCAGUUAUCGUAUGGAUGAUAGUGCAGGCCUGUCAAGGAGACCUGGCUGUAGGGCUGCAUGCAUGGGCACACAACCUCUUGCCUGUGGUCACUGGCAAAAGCAGUAAUCCUCAGUCAAGGGACCUGGUUUUGCAGCUGGUGGAGAGAAUUAUGUCUGCCCCAAAAGCUCGCCAUAUUCUUGUAAAUGGUGCGGUUAGGAAGGGUGAGAGGUUGAUGCCACCUUCUGCGUUUGAGAUACUUAUGCGAGUUACCUUCCCUGCAUCUUCAGCUAGAGUAAAGGCUACUGAAAGGUUUGAGGCCAUAUAUCCCACCUUAAAAGAGGUGGCUCUUGCCGGCACCCCUGGAAGCAAAACAAUGAAACAAGUCCCACAGCAGAUUCUGAGUUUUGCUGUCAAAGCAGCAGGAGAAAGCAUUCCUGAAUUAUCCAAAGAAGCAACUGGUGUUUUCAUUUGGUGCUUGACCCAACAUGCUGAUUGUUUCAGGCAGUGGGACAUGGUUUAUGAGGACAAUCUAGAAGCAAGUGUUGCUGUUUUGAGAAAACUUUCUGAGGACUGGAAAGAGCAUUCUGUGAAACUGUCUCCUCUUGACCCUCUGCGGGAAACUCUUAAGAACUUUAGGAACAAGAAUGAGAAAGCAUUGGCUAGUGGGGCAGAUGCUGCUCACCUUGCACGCUUCAAGGAUGCAGACAAGUAUUGUAAGGCAAUAUUGGGAAAGGCAUCACGUGGCUAUGGGUGUGUUAAAAGUGUGGCCUUUGUUGUCAUUGCCUUGGCUAUGGGUGCUGCUUACAUGUCCCCAAACAUGGAGACUCUGGAUUGGAAGAAACUCUCUGUAGUUUUCAGUUCUCUACAAUCUUUCUGAGCAAGAUUAUAUGCCAUACCAACCAGUGGUGAAAACCAUCCAUUUGUUCUUAUGAUACGCGGUACCUUGUUUUUUUGAUAUUCGGCAAGGGCAAAGUAAUCCAAUUUGCCCUGUAAUAAAGUGGCUGAGAAUGAAUAGUUCCCAAGUCCCAAUUUAAUACUGAACUAGAAGUAGUUGAAGGGCCUGGGCAAUACUGCUUGAUGGUCUGAUUUGGUCCGGGCCAUUAGGAUGGAUUUGAUUUUCUUCCUUUUUCUUUUUUUUUUUUUUUAAAAAAAAAAAAAAAAAAAAAAAUUCUUUAGAACCUUUUUAAGUUAUUUACCUCUAACAUUGAGAUUUGAGAGUACCACCAAAAUUUAAAGAGAUAGAUACACAUGUAUUUUUAGAUAAUUAUGUUUAAAUUCAGAUGAAAUUUUGAUUACA